AUGGGCGUGUUCACGGAUGAGCAGCAUGAGUUGGUAUCUGACACACUAAUGGGGUUGUUUGGUAGGUCAGGAUUGAAUUCUGCGGGAUAUAUAUCCAAGGUCCUGCUGGCGGAAGCUUUGAUAAAGAUCUACUAUAUGCAGUAUGCGGAUUGCGGAUAUGAGGAGGCGGAGUCUGCCCUUUAUACUAUCAACCUCUCAAAGGUUAGUUACAUGUGGUAAUUUCAUAAUUGGUAAUUUCAUAAUUGGUGUAUAGACGAGUAGCUCAAAAUAAUGUGUUUUUAAACAUUGUAUUUUUAGGACCCAUCUCUGAGCCAUUCUGCUAGAUCUCCUUCAUGUCCAUGUGAUACCGCCGACAGAUGGCUCACAGGGGAGAAAGGUAUUAUUGAAAAUCUUAAUUACAUUUUGUUUACUUCCGGCAACGAGGAAAAUCCAUUAUAAUUAGAAGAAAUGUCCUCAUGUAUUUUUAAUCUUUCCAGAGAAAACGUGUGAUUGAAGAGGAGGAAGAGGACGACCAGUAGAAAGAAGAGGAUGAGGAGAAAGAGGAAGAAGAAGGUGAUAAAGAGGAGGAAAGAAAAGGGAAAAAGGUUUGAACUCAGACGUACUUUUACAUCGAUCAGAAUAUCAUUAUUUACCCACAGCCUUUCUUUACAUAGGAGAUAAGAAGAUUGCUAAAGUGCCCCUUCUGUGAAAAGCAAUACAAGUAAUUAACACAGCACCUAAUGUUCUCAUGUUUUGUUAAUCUUUCGGAGAAAGAAAGAGAAAACGUACGGAAGAAGACGAGGAAGAGGAGAAGGAGGAUGAAAAAGGUUUGAACUUGUUAUCUCAGACGUACUUCUUACAUCAAUCAGAAUAUCAUUAUUUACACACAGCCUUUCUUUAUAUAGGAGAUAAGAAGAUUGAGAAAAUGUCCGUUAUGUGAAAAGAGUUGCAAGUAUCUAACAGAGCACUUGAAGACUGUACAUGAGAAGACGAGGAAGGAAGCACUGGAGAUUUCAGCACUGAAUCGAGCUGUACAGAAAGGAGUGGUACAACAGAAGAGAACUCCUCUCCCUUGCCGAGUCCAGGGUUGCUCAAUGCUAGUAGCAAGAGUGGACCUUCACUUGUGAAGGGUGCACAAGCUAAAUAAAGAGGAUCCGGAAUACCGCAGGUUAGCUGGUUGAAAAUAUUUUCUUUCUUUCUUGUUGUCAUACACAAGUACAUCCCCCUAACCCAAAACACUAACUCAUUCCUACUUACCCCAAAACACUCAUUCCUUCCACUCUUUUGUCAGGUACAACAAUGAAAUAUCAUUGGCGAGGGCAAAGGCGAGGCACGCCGAUGCCAUUGCCAAGAAGAAAACCACCACUAAGAAGAAGAAAAAGAUCGAGAGCCAGGGUGCAGACCCAUCAGUGCACAGGGAGGACGUCACGAAGCACCAUGAGGGCAACCGUCAUCAUCCUCCUCGGAAUCCGAAUUGGAUGAAACUCUGCUGGGCAUCAUGCUGGCAGAACCACACCGACCAAAAGAAGACCCGGAUCUGUCGACAAGGAAAGAGAUCGAGAGCCUCGCUGUCCUUCAAUUGUUUAAACAUCAUUUGA